UCCCAUACUGUACUGUACAUUGCUCUUCUGAUAUUUUUUAUAUCCUUUGUAUUACAUGCAGUAUAUAAAGUAAAUGAGUAACAUGCUGCAUUGCCAUUGCUGCAGGGUGAUUAUUGCUCAGCUGUUCAUUUUUCCUAUUUCUUAAUGUGCAGUAUGAAAAGGUAAUUGAGAAGAGACAAGGAAAGUAAUUAGUUCAAGGUCAUUGAUCAAUAGAUAACACUCAUAACCUGUUGUGAUAGAAACCAGAAGCUUAAAAAACAAAGUGCCUAUAAAGGAAUUCUGCAGAAAGAAAAAUAAUGCUCUUAGUAAUAUUGAUGCAUUGUGGGGGUGUUGACUGAAUUCUGGUAGAUUCACCCCUGCUGGCGUUUUCACUCCCUGUGAAGGGAAAUGUCCAGAUUGUCUUUGGACAGCUGCCUAUUGCCUCUGCAAAAACUGGUUGAAGCACUUUCUGGUCGGUUCUAAAUAUCAGCAGGCAGCAUUUCUCAAUAACAUUUGUAUAUAAAGUGGGAAGAGUUUAGAUAACAUGCAAACCCAGCCACCAACCUCAGAGUUACUCUUCGUGGUGACUUGUUUUUACCAUUAAACUCUGAAUUGUAGUGUGAUUAAUGAGCUUAAGUGAGGAAACUAUCAAAACAUCAGGAGAAUCACUAGCACAUCUUUUCAUGAAACCUCUGUGCACAUAAAUACCAGAUUCGGUGUGUGGCUGCGACCUGGCCCAGGGGGGCUUCUUCAUGAAGAACGGAGAGUAUCUCUGUACCCUGGACUAUCAACGUUUGCAUGGCACCCGCUGUAACGGCUGUGGGGACUUUGUAGAGGGAGAAGUUGUCACAGCUCUGGGAAAGACAUAUCAUCCUACCUGUUUUGUCUGCACCAUUUGCAAACGACCCUUUCCCGCAGGAGACCGAGUUACCUUCAAUGGGAAAGACUGUCUCUGCCAGAGGUGUGUCCAACCAAUGUCUUCCAGUCCCAAAGAGAUCAGCAGCUCCAGCAACUGUGCAGGCUGUGGCAGAGACAUCAAGAAUGGCCAGGCACUCCUGGCCUUGGAUAGACAGUGGCAUCUGGGCUGCUUCAAGUGCAAGGCCUGUGGGAAGGUCCUGACUGGAGAAUACAUCAGCAAGGAUGGUGCUCCUUACUGUGAAAAGGACUAUCAGAUUCACUUCGGAGUCCAGUGUGAGGCCUGUCAUCAGUUCAUCACUGGAAAAGUCCUUGAGGCAGGAGAUAAACAUUAUCAUCCAAGCUGUGCACGAUGCAGCAGGUGCAACCAAAUGUUCACAGAAGGAGAGGAAAUGUACCUGCAAGGGUCAACAGUUUGGCAUCCAGACUGUAAACAUUCUACCAGAGCAGAAGAAAAACACAGGCCAAGUUCCAGAAAGCUGUUACCCCCGUCAAUAAAGAACCUCACCAAAACAGAAAGGCAGCCCACAAGAUCAUCAUCUGAAAGUAUUUGUUCCCGACCUGGUUCAAGUAUACCUGGAUCACCCGGCCAUACAAUCUGUGCAAAAGUAGACAAUGAGAUCCUUGAUUAUAAGGACUUAGCUGCCAUCCCCAAAGUCAAGGCAAUUUAUGACAUUGAGCGCCCAGAUUUGAUAACCUAUGAGCCCUUUUACACCACAUCCAUCGAGGACAGACAGGAAAGGCAGAGUUUGGGAGAGCCUCAGACCCCAAGACAGGAGCGAUCCCCCAUGCCAAACGAGCGACCCCUGAGCCCUAGUAGCGACAACUCGCCUAAGCGCAGUGAUACACCUCAGACCCCAAGACGUGACAACUCGCCCCUGCCCGAGGAGCGAUCACCAAGAACACUUUCUCCAACACCUUCUGCAGAAGGUUACCUCGACAUGAGAGACCGAAUGAUGCACAGAUCUACCAGCCAAGGAUCGAUCAGCUCUCCAGUCUACAAUCGCCAUAGUUACACACCCACCUUGUCCCGUUCCCCACAGCACUUCCACAGACCAGAGCUGCUCUCUUCUGGGAUGCAGCGUCUCUCUUCUUUGCGCACUUGCAGUUUCAGCUCCAGCCAAAAUGACUCCCGCCCAACCUCCCCAUUCCGACACCACUUCAUUCCCCAUAACAAAGCUUCUUUCUACAUAGGCAAUGAGCCGUCCAGUGGUCGGAAUUCCCCUCUCCCCUUUCGGCCCGACAGCCGUCCUCUCACUCCAACUUUCACUCUGACCCCUAAACAUUUCCAUAUUCCAGACCAGGGUGUCAACAUUUACAGAAAACCACCCAUCUACAAGCAACAUGAUUCAGCUGCCAUGGCAGCCCAAAGCAAGUCUGCCGAGGAUAUCAUCAAGUCAGCCAAGUUCCCAGCAGCCUACGCUCCCAGCCCUGACGAGACACCAAAGAUUGAAACAGACUACUGGCCCUGUCCACCCUCACUUGCUGCCAUAGGAUCCGAUUCAAGGCGCAGGUCUCGAGAAGAGGAGGAAGAGGAAAUUAUGAAACGCAGACAGAUUCAGGAGGAGCAUCUCAACAAGAUCCAGUCUGGUUUGGGGAAGCUGAUAUUAAAAGAAGAGAUGGAGAAGGAGAUGAACCGAGAACGUUAUUCACGAAGUCUCUCUGCGCAGCGCUACGACUCACAGCACACAAACUCCUGUAAAAUGGAUCCAAAUGCUCCUUCAUCCAAAACCUCUUCACUUCCUGGAUAUGGAAGGAAUGGUCUUCACAGACCACAGUCCACAGACUUCACACAAUACAACAGCUAUGGCGAUGUGUGCGGAGGAGUCAGAGAGUUCCAGCCCGUUCAGGAUGGACACGUACCAGUAACAAGAAUGGACAGGGGAGUAUCUAUGCCUAAUAUGUUGGAACCAAAAGUGUAUCCAUAUGAAAUGCUCAUGGUUACCAACAGAGGCCGCACUAAACUACCAAGAGAUGUAGACCGAACAAGGCUGGAGCGCCACUUGGCACCUGAAAUUUUCUUUGAUAUCUUUGGAAUGGAAAUCCAAGAAUUUGACAGAUUACCUCUCUGGAAACGCAACGACAUGAAGAAAAAGGCAAAACUCUUCUAAGCUCAGACCAUGCAUGUUUUAUUUAUAAAAUGAAGUUAUCACACAAAUAUUGUAAUAUACAUGUAGAGGUUUUUUUUUCCCUGUUGUUGUUGUUGAAAACCACAAGGAAGCAAAAUCAAAGCAGAACAAAAAUCUUUUUUUUUCUUGCUUCCAGUAAGACAGGAGUGGUUGCCCUUUUGGUACUGCAGCUAUACACAAAUUGCAAACUUUCUUUGGAAUAGUUGUAAGAGGGUAAAAUAAAAUUGUUUAGUCAAAAAAGUAAAAGCGAAAAUAACAACAACAACACAUGAAUGUUGGUGUGCUUGUUUUGUAAUGGCUUUUGAAAGGAAAUCACUUCCUUUUCUUUCAUUUCAUUUUUGUUUCUGCCAUAACACCAUGGAACUUUAUUAGCAGAACCUUGAGGCAUUGAAAGAUUUCCCAUGCUAAGGAGCCAAUUAAGGGCAAUAUUCAAGACUCUCUCCUGGACAGCUGUUACUAAUCAACAGUCUGAGCUAUCUGCAAGACAACAAUUUGUAGCAGAGAAAAUGGCUCACAGUGAUGUUGAAAAUGAAAGACCUCAUCUUUACUAUUCCUGUAUGUAACCACCUUGCAUUUAGGCAUUUUCUCACAGGGGAAGGGUUUAUCAAGUGAGACUGACAAUGCCCACUUGGUCUGAGUAAGUUGCUAGGGAUCAUGCUUGUUCGGGACCUAUCAGUUCUUGUUAAUGGUCACCUGGUUACAAAGAAGGCUUGCUUUCUGCUAGGCCUCAGCUAGGAAUUUGUUUUGUAAUUGUGUAAUGCUGUUUGGUCAAAUAUGCAUGCCAAAUAAGCCAAACCACACAUGUAAAGACUGCGGUUAGGAACGUUAGGGCUGCUGCAUCUCAUUUUGCAGAGUUUUAUUGCCAGAUAUAAAAAAUAGUGCUUUUAUUUACUGUGAAAAACCAGCAGCUACAUUAUAAGCUACACGGGGAUUGUGGAAUUUUAAGCCUGGAAAUUUUGGUACAAAAUGACCCAUUCCCUUCAAACAUUAAUCUACUCCAGUAGUUCUUUUUGUAAUGUUGUGUGCUAAGUUUUAAUGGACUUUUACUGCUGAUUAUGUUGUUCUCCAGCAGGGUCUCUGGGACCAAUUGGCACACUGGUUACCAUGGUAAUCUUGAAUUCAAAGCUUGUUACCCAUCACCAGUGAACCUUCUGUUGCAUCUGGAAAUUAAGACCAAGAAAAAAAAAUAGGAUGAAAUUAUAUGCCCUCCUGUUAAGUAUUUGAGAGCAGGUCGUUUACUCAUCAUUGGCACAUGAAAACUAAAUGCAAAGAAGAGAUUUUCCACCUGUGCAAGCCAUUUUGUGUUCUAAGGAGCAAUACAAGGAAACAUUAAUACAACUAUCAGGUUCUGCCAGUAGAGGGCCAUUUAAAGCUUUAUCUCAUGAAAGGAUAAUAGGGAAGAUUGAGUUAUGCUAUUUUUAUAUUACCGCUUUUCUUUUGAAAUAGAGAUUUUAAUAAUGUAACAGUGCUACUGAAAAAUAAAAGACAGCAAAUCUUACUGUUUUUAUUUUUUUUCCUGCCCAGCACUGAGAGCAUGGUGUGUGGUUUCCAGAUAUGUUUCCCAAAUUGUGUCCUUGCUUGAUAAAACUUUUCACUGUGUGCUGUAGGUGAAUGGGGUUGUGUGUGUAUAGGUGCUGUAAAGUGAAAGCAGAAACAGGAGCAACAACAGUCUAGGCAGGGAGAUAGGUGGCUCUGCUGAACAGCAGGUGAAUGUGCUGAAUGAUUACAAAGUUAGCCUUUCUGUUUGUUUAACCCUUUAUACAGUAUGUGCAUCUUCAGCUGUCCUUUAGUGAAGUUUUAAGGAUUUUUCUUAUGCUUCAAAAAUGUAUGGAAGUAUUAAUAAACAUCUGGAAAAAAGACAAGGAGGUAGCUUCUUUGUUUUCAACUAUGUUUUUUGAUUGACGUGUGACACUAAAUCAUCCCUGUUUUGUUGUUUUAAAGCAAACAUGGCAUAAUUCAGUAACAGAUUCUGAAUAAAAUCUAUUUUCUGCUAGAGUUUACUGUGAUUCAGGUCACAGUAAAAAUUAUUCAUAAUAUUAAAAAUUCUAGAGCAAUCAUUGAUAUAUUGUACGACCUAUGCAAGUGUCAAUUUUAAAAAUUUGUCUUUAAAAGUCCAAUCACAAAACUGCUAAAGAAAAGUUUUUAGUUGUAUUUCAGUGGAAAUUAUAUUUCCUCUCAUUCCAGCAGUAUGAACAAUGACACACAAUACACAUUUGUGUAUUACAAACUAAAGAGAAAAGGUGUAUUUCACUCUUUUCAAAAAACAUGGCUGCAGAGCCUUCUUCAGGUGUGUGGAGGAAUGAGGGUGAGAGAAAGGAUAUUUAUUUUCAUAUAUUGAAUGAAAUGUAAAAUGUAACUUUUUUCCAGGGUGUGCAAUAUUAAAUUCCAUUUAAUAUUUAAAAACCCAUUCAAAACAUAAGUUCUCAUGUUUCUAUAUUAGGCAGAAGUUUAUAAAAGAACCUGGUGGAGUUUUGAUAACUUCAAUUAAAAACUGGAUAAAGACUCCAGUCUUGAUACUGUCUUGGAUAAUGUUACUCAUUUUCUCACCUCUUCCCUGCAUAGCAUGGGAGAAGACACAGUAGCAUGAGAUUAUAAUAAGUAUACAGUAAUAUAGAAAAAUGGAGUUGUGGAUUGGCUCAUUUUGUUUGAAAAUGGCACUAUUUAUGGCUCUGUGAGGAGUUAUGGCUGUUAAACACAUUGACUGGGUGACCCUUAUCCUGGAUUGGAUAGAUAGUAGGUGUGCCUGGAUAGAUAGAAUAGUAGCAGACAAAGCAAAAUGUUUCUGAUAAUACCGUACAAUUGUGAUAAAAAUAAACUUUACAAUUGUGAGUCACUAUAUGUGUGUUCCAGAACUAAUAGAGGAUAACUCAUAAUAUUGUCACUGAUGUCUUUGUUCAGUCUACCUUUGCACCUUGUGUUCCCCUGGUAGAAUAAAUUCCUUAUGGCUCUAAGUACUGAGCAAAUGAGAUCUGUGAAACUAGAUGUAUGGGGAGUCCCAUCUUGAAUUUACAAUUUCUCAUAUGACUUAUUUUUAAAGUUGAUUUUCAAAAUGCAUCUGAUUCUUUUCUCUUUAUAAGGUUUUUUCUGCAGCAACAUGUCUGUGUUUUUAUGCUAUCUUUUCAUGUUUUGUGUAGUAGGGUUAUAGGUAGCCCUUCACAUAGUGGACACAGCUGGGAGAGCAUUGCUUGUGCAAUGAUGCGAAUGGAGCACAGGCUGGAACUCUUGGUCAAACUAUUUACAACACAAAAAAGAAUAAAGAGCACACCCUCAGAAUAAUUCACAGCCCAUUAUGAUGGUUUCAAUUAUUGACGUUUUUUUUCCAUAGUACACUGUCCACGAUUCCUUAGUGCAUACAGUAAUUUCCAAGCUCAAUAUGAAAAUGAGACAAACACCUUUGAUGUGUGGGUGCGCUCUUGUUUUCUGCCCUAGACCAACCCUGGUUUGUCCGCUGCUGUACUUUAUAAGUAAAUUACUAAAACCGCGACAUUUUCAGAAACCACUUAAAAUUCAACCCAAUUGUCCUCUUAUGGAUUUCCAAAUAGGGCAUCAGGUUCAUUGCAGAAGUUAAAUUGACUUCUAGUACAGUUUUCAGUCAAUCCAAGUAAAUUUAUUUUGUUGCAGAUAGAGGCUUCGACUCCAUUAGCAGACAGAGCAAUUACGAUUGGCUGUUUUAAGCACAAACACUGUACAGAACAUUGAUCACUGCCUAGGCUUUACUUUAUUGACAUCUGGAAACAGGGUUUAUAAUACAUGUAGUAUGUCUGUUAUACUGUAUGAUUCAAAUGCUCCAGGACACAUUGUGUGCAUGAAGAAUAAAAUCUACAAUCAGAUAUUUUAAUUUUACCAAUAAUAAUUGAAUGUUUUAGAUUAGUGUAAUUAAUGGGGCUCUAUCUUCUAAUAUCCCUUUUUGUUUAGUUGAAUAAUCACAGUUCUACCUCUCAUAGAUAUUCUUCUUUAUACUUGAUCAGAGUAGACUACCAGGGCACCUGAACCUACAGUAUUAUUAAAAAUUCUCAAAAGCAAUGACAAGGUGAGCCCAGUGGACAUCCUGAGAAUGAACAGUGAAAACUAAGGGCACAAGUGGAAACUAUGUGGAUGCUCAUUUAAAACAAACAAAAAAAACUAGCUACUCUUUAUGCAGAAGGUUGUAGGAGAAUGGUACAAGCUACCCAACAAUGCUGUUUAAAGCAUCCACGCAUUAAAAAGAAGCCAAAGCAUUAAGACCUUUUAAUUAAUCAAUACUGCCAAACAAACUUUAUAGGUCACAUGAUCGUUUCAAAAUUGCAUCCUUUCUUAUGCUCUUAAUCACUUUCUAAUCUGGACAUCACAUUAUGAUCACACACCUCUGUUAAAAAUGUACAAUGCUUAUGAAAUGUUGAUGUUAUAGAUGUACAGCAAAAUAACUGAAUCAAAGAUGCAAGAAGAGUUUCUAAAAUGGAGUGAACACCUCAUCCAAGUCUUCAAGAACUAUAUCAUAGUCUCCAAAAUAUCUCAGAAGAGGUGUGAAUGCAGUCAGAAAGUAAGUCAGUCACAAUUGUAACAUGCUGACUACUUGUGAAUUGAUAUCUGCAGUGCUGUGCUAUGUUCUUGUUAUGCAGCUACUGAAGGCAAACAUCUUAAAGCUUUCAAAGUUACCCCAUGAACAUGCUGAGUCUAUGCUUUGCAAAUGCAGUUUGAAGAAUCCUUAUCUGUCCCACUUAUUCACUUGUUUUCAUACAAGUAAUGUGUUUUGUUGCAAUCCAUCCAUUUUCUAACCACAUAAUCCAGUAGAGGGUCGUGGGGGAGCUGGAGCCUAUCAUGUGAUAUACAUCCCAGAUGGAACGCCAGUUCAUCACAGGGCAGGCAUAAACACAAACAGACACGCACACACUCACACCAGGGACGAUUACCUAGAAGCCAAUUAACUACCAGUAUGUCUUUGGACUGUGGGAGGAUACCAUAGUACCCUGUGCAAACUCACGUGAGCACAGGGAGAACAUACUACAAACACCAUACAGACAGCACCCCAGGUCUGGAAUCGAACCCAGGGCCCUGGCAUUGUGAGGCAGCAAUGCUAACCACGUGCCACCCAGAUUACAUACAGCCCAUAUAGCUUUAAUCACAAAAAUGUGCUGGACUGUAUUUAGGAUUGGCAUUUUUUGCAGCAAUGGUUGUGUGAACAUAAUAUGGCAUGUUACAGUAGCCGGGAUAUUACCUAUUCAUCUGUCUCUCUGUUUUAUUAGAAAAUCUAAACAUGAAAAUACUUUCUUACCAUUUACAAAAGAGAGGCAUAACGGUUAGUCUCAGCAGGUUCAUUUCUAUAAAGGUGGAGGUUUUAGUGAACUUCCAACUUCUGUUUCUUACUGUUGUUCACAGUUACUGUAUCUAGGAGAAAGUUGUGUUUUGUGGUUACUUCUUAAAUCUGACAUUCAUGUACAAAAUUCAGAAAAAUAGUUCCCUAAUCCAGAUACUAUUUCUGUUUUAUUUUAGUAUAAUGCCUAGCCUUUUACUGGUACAUUCUCAUUGCCUUUAAACUAUGGGUUGCUUUGGCAAAUUCCAUAUGAACCUGUAAAAAGGCUUAUGGGAUUGUGUAAAAGCUCUUAAAAUGAGCACAUUUUAUGUGAAAUACCCUUGUUUUAUCAACUAUGGUACAUAAAACUGACAUUAUGUUUUGGUCUUGGGUAGUAAAAUACAUCAUUGUACUCAUUAAAAACGCAAAACUAGAGACAAUCUUAUUAUUCUGAACUAGUAAGAUUUAGAAUUGCAAGCUAUUGUUUAUGUUGUAGUAUUCCCCUGUAAUAUGUAUAUUAAUUAUAUAUAUAUAAAUUCAUGCUUUCAACAUAAAACCACUAUUUAUAUCCGUGGUGCUCUAUGGCAAAUAUGCUAUCAUUCAAUUUUUCUCUCUGUGCUUUUACAUCAACCAGGUGAAUUAUACUGCACUUUGAAAAUCAUACCAGCUCUUCAUUAAUCUCGCCCUUUAAAAAUGUUAGUGACCACCUACACUGUUGCGUCUAAUCUAGCCUCUUUUCCAGUCACAACAACUGGUAGCUUACCGCAGAGGCAGAACUAUGAAAUACACAUGCUUUAGAGGUGAGUUAAAAGCAAACUUUUGACUGUUCCUUCGUGUAAAUGAUAGAGGAAGGGGAAAAAUUAUUGUUUAUUUCAGUAUGUGCUUAAAGUGUGGAUACAGAAUCAUUAUCCCAAGUGGCUACACUUGCUGAUUGCUUUUGUUUUUUUGUAGAAGAAAAUGUCAUUUGCUAUCAGUUUGCUGCUCAAAACAUGUAAGAAGCUUAAACACUUGAGCUGUUGGGUUCACAAUUAUUCCUUUAUACAGUAGGUGCUGUUGAGUGUGUGUGGGUGCAUGCUGCUUCUGUGUCCGAAGAGAACAAUUGGGUUCUCUUGGGUUGUGCAAGUCUACUUACAGUAGUUUGUUAUGGUUUGUCAUUAAUUUGACUGUCUUCAUCCAAGUUCAUGAAAAGGUUCAAACCGUUGUUUAUUCUGGUGUUAUUUUAGAAAAAAUGAUGCAAAAUACUUAUGGGUGCUCAAUUAUUUUUGUCCUUAUUUGUCUUGGACUGUUUGCAUGACCAGAUCUCAUUCAUAUCCCAUUCAUAUCCCAACCUGAUCCUCACUCACCCACAUAUGUUUUCAUAUAACAUACAGUAGGUUCUGUCAGAUGUAACACAGACAGAUAAAUCAUUGGUACAAAUAUACAAAUAAUUCGGUAGUCAGGUUGACUGCCUUUGUUAAACAAAAUUAACCUUUAAUACUUUUCUAUUAUAAUUAUGGGGCCAUGGAUUACAAGGGAAUCUGACUUUAUUCCUUUGGUUUCAUAAUUUCUUGACCUUACUGUAGAUCCAUUGUCUGGUAUAGUGUGAAUACCAUUGCUUCUUUUUUCCUCUCUUAAAUGGCAAUAAAAGUACAGUAUUUAUUUUUGCCUUUCUGGUAUAAAUUUGAGGUGUUGAUCUGACCAUUGUGUUAUCCUUUGUUCUUAAAAUAUUUUAACCUUAAUUUGCAUUUAGACUUUUUUUAUUGUAACCAGAAGUCUACUUUUAUUACCUGUUGCAUCUCAUUCUCCAGGUGUCAUAGAGAUCCGCAUCUACAGUACAUGUAGAAGUAUUAAUGUCGUUAUUGAAGUGCUAUUCUUUAUUCAUCCAAAAGAGACUGGACUUUCAUCUCCACAUAUGAAACAGUGUUUUGGUUUUUAUUAUAAUAAAGUAUGAGUUUAUUUUACUCAUUUAAAAUCUUUAUGUGCCAUUAAUAUCAUCUUUCAGUAUCCUCAGUGUUCAUUUCCAAUUUGUUUUCUUACAUGCGAGAUAAAAUUUGCACUGCCAUUUUUCUGGUCUAUUCUGUAUAUUUGGAAUUUUCAACAUACUGUACUGUACUAACCUCUGCCUUUGUUGCAAGCAACACUUAAAUGCCAUAUGACACAAUAUUAUCACUGUUGUAUUCAGGUCAUAAAUAAAAAAAUCUUUUGUGCUUAACAUUUAAA